AUGUCAAGCAGUUCUGCCAUGAAUGUGACUAGCUCCUUGCUCGAUGAAGGAUUAAUGAGGGUAAUUAUACUUUCCACUCUCUCUACCGUUCCUGCCUGUGUUUUUCUUGUCAUAAAUGGCAUCAUGUUGUUCACUUUAAGGAGUAAACCGGUGUUUCGGGAAACCUGCCGCUUUGUUCUCCUCUUUAACCUCCUUCUUGCAGACACUCUUCAGCUGGCACAGAGUCAGCUUCAUCUUUUGUUCUCUGCUUGCAGAGUUCAACUUGCAUAUUCUCUAUGUAUUGCACUCAACAUGAUUGUUAAUCUCACCACUGGGAUUUCUCCUCUCACUCUGGUGUUGAUGCCUUUGGAGCGGUACGUGGCUGUGUGUUACCCACUGAGGCACGCUUCCAUCAUCACGAUCAGAAACACGGCAGCUGCAGUUAUUGCAGUCUGGGCCGUCAGUUCACUCAACAAUCUGACUCGAGUUCUGAUGUUUUUGAAGUUUCCUUUUGAAAAGAUCAAGCCGACUGAUGUCUGUGCUAAUGUCUCUGUUAUGCUCGCACCUUUGACAGCAGACUACGACAGAGCGUACACUUGUGUGGUGUUUGUAUCUGCAGGUGUGGCCGUCACUUCCUCCUACGUGGGGGUUAUAGUAGCUGCCAGGUCGGCCUCCACAGACAAAGCUUUAGCUCGUAAAGCUCAGCACACUCUGCUACUGCAUCUGGUUCAGCUGGGACUCAGUCUGUCUUCCACCAUCAACAACCCUGUCAUCGUUGCCCUGUCUAAACUUUUAACCAGGAUGGCAUUUUUAUGGAUUCAGGGUAUUUUCUAUAUAUUUUUCAUAAUAUUUCCCAGAUGUAUGACCUCCCUAAUUUAUGGUCUAAGAGAUCAGACCAUCAGACCUGUUCUCAUGUACCAUCUGAGCUGCCACUUUAAAGUCAGUGUUGGCGGUUUAAAGAAAUAA